AUGAAGAGGCUUCACAUCGAUAUAUUAGGUGUUUGUGAAACAUGGUGGCCUGAUUCUGGCAAAUGUAAAACAAACGGUGCAACAAUGUAUUAUUCCGGGAACCAAAGUAGAAACCAUAGAAAUGGGGUUGGAAUAAUUGUCUCCGAGGCCGUCGAAAAAUGCGUAAAAAAUUUUUUGCCAUACUCAGAUAGAACUUUAUUGCUUCAAAUACACGCAAAGCCUUUGAAUAUAAACAUCAUUCAAACAUAUGCACCAACUGCUGAUAAAACUGACGAAGCCGUUGAAUCAUUCUACAAUGAAGUCGAGGAGCUCAUGAAAAUGACCAAAAAACACGAGAUUAACAUCAUUAUGGGGGAUUUCAAUGCCAAAAUAGGAAAGUCGCAAGUAGAAAAAAUUGUUGGACCAUUUGGUUUAGGUACCAGAAACCCAAGAGGUGAUAGACUAAUUCAGUUCUGUACGGAACAGGAGCUCAAAAUAAUGAACACUUGGUUUUGUUUACCACCUCGUCGACUUUACACAUGGAAAUCACCUGAAGAUAACGAUCGAAAUAUAAUCCGGAACCAUAUCGACUUUAUAUUAAUCAACCAGCGAUACAGUACAUCCGUAUCAAAAGUUUCAAUGUAUCCAGGUGCCGAUGUCCCUUCAGACCAUAAUUUACUUAUAUCGCAAAUCAACAUAAAAUUGGCAGUAAUGACAAAAUCAACAUGCAAAAAACAUUUAGACCUACAGAAACUUAAGGAAGAUGAAUGUAAAACCGAAGUUACUCAGGAGCUUAAUAAUCAAAUUAAAUUAAAUUUCGAAAGUACCAGCUUUAAUAAUGUGGAAAUUGAUGAAGUAUGGGAUCGAUUGAAAAGUACAAUGAAAAAUGUAGCUUCAACCAAACUAGGCCCCACGAACAGCAGAGCAAAACAGAAAUGGAUGACAAGCGAGAUCUUAAACUUAAUGGACCAGAGACGAAUGCACAAAAAUAGGGACUAUAGUCAAUAUAAGCGCCUGCAAACAGUAAUUCGCUCAAAAAUUAGAUCUGCAAAGUCACAAUGGUUGAACUCUCAAUGUCAAGACAUUGAAACUUUUCAAAAUCGUCACGAUAUGUUUAAUCGUCACAAGAAAAUUAAAGAAACCGCUGGAGAAUACAUAGAAAAAGUAUUCAAUUAUAUUAGUAGAACCGAUGCUCUAAGAACUUCGGAAACUGAACCCACAGGUCCUUCAAUAACAACAGAGGAAAUAAAAAGAGCAAUUAAGUUGUCAAAAAAUAAUAAAGCUCCUGGACCCGAUGAGCUACCCGCAGAAAUUUUUAAGCUAAUAGAUGACGAAAACUUAGAAAUUUUGAAAAACAUUUUUAACAAAAUUUAUGAUGGCUAA